AGGAGUGCCUAUAUUUUUGCAUCCAACCCCCUAUUUUACCGGGGAAGCGACCGCUUAAGAGGUCAUUCGUUCCUGAACAGAAACGAAGAGUCACCAUGCCUGAGCCAGCAAAGUCAGCGCCUAAGAAGGGCUCCAAGAAAGCUGUCUCCAAGACCGCUGCGAAGGGAGGUAAGAAGCGCAGAAAGUCAAGGAAGGAGAGCUAUGCCAUCUACGUGUACAAAGUGUUGAAACAGGUCCACCCCGAUACCGGCAUCUCGUCCAAGGCCAUGGGAAUCAUGAAUUCCUUUGUCAACGACAUUUUCGAGCGCAUCGCCGGAGAAUCUUCCCGCUUGGCUCACUACAACAAGCGUUCAACCAUCACCUCCAGGGAGAUCCAGACCGCCGUCCGCCUGCUACUCCCCGGUGAGCUGGCCAAGCACGCCGUGUCCGAGGGUACUAAGGCCGUGACCAAGUACACCAGCUCCAAGUAAACGGGUGCCAUUUGACUUCCCUGUUAACCCCCAAAGGCUCUUUUAAGAGCCACCCACAUACCUGGAAAAUGUGCUAAUUUCCAUUUGUGCUUGUCACGGUUAUGAUUCUGACCCUGUAGAAUUUUAACAUUGAAUGAAAGCACAUUGAUACUUCGUUGCAACCCAGUACUCAGUUAAGAAUUCCUACAUGUAAGUAUUGGGAUGCCCAUGUAGCUGUAAUGUGACCUGAAUAAUUAAUUUAAAAAUACAAGUAUGGUUACAGUGUCCCACCUGACUAUUUCUGAGGGAAUAUGAGUACUGUAGCCUACUUUGAUUAAUUCAGCACAUGCCAUUAAAUGUCCACACAAUCACAGAUGAUAUUGACCCAACAUUUUAUUCACAGCCUGCCCAUGUCUAUAUUGAAGAUGUUGAGUCAGUCUGAUUUAAGCUCUUUUUAUUGGUUCUGGUUGUAUUUAGGCAAUUGAAUGGUUGCCCCGUUAUGUGCAAAAAAACGGUCCUGAAAGUAGCUUCAGAAUAUGUGGAUGCUUAAAGUGGUCAUUCCAUGAAAAGAGGUACUUUAGUUUUCACAUUGUAAAUAAAGGUUAAAUAAAUGUUGAAAACUGAAGUGUCUUCUGAAAUGUUGUGUUCGUGUAUGUUGUAAGAAAGGCUUAACACUAAGUAUAUUCUUGCACAGUCAUUACUGAACAGUAACUUUGCCACCCAAAAUGUCUGUUUGUGUAUAGACGUGGUCAAAUUUGUUGUUACCCUUAUGGUAGAGGUAAAAAAUUGCUCAGUCUAAGAUAUUAUAAAAUGGCCUGGACACAUUCCUUGAUACCCCUUA